CCUCCCUCCCCCUGUGUGCUGGCAGAGGCGGAGGUGAGUCGCCGCUGUUCGCUCGGCUCCCUGCUCCGCGCUGGGGAGACAGAAACAAGCGGCCGACGGAUUAAACGCAGCGUUAGCUCGCCGGCUAACGGUCAGCGCAGCAGCCGAGAAAGCGCCAUGAGCAGCCGCCCGGAGGUGGCGAAAGUUACUCCGGGACUUUAGCGGCGUGGAAGAACGAGGUUCGCGGGGGUCAUGCCGUCUCCACCCGCGGGGACUUUGAACUAGUGUUUCCACUUGUGGGGGGGGUUGGUGGGGGUUUAAGCCUAGCUCCAGUGGCUAGCGAAGGCUGCUACGAACUCUUUUUAAUUGGCUCCGGGGCUGCUCCAUGGCUCCCGCUGCUUUCUCCCUGUCAUAGCGGCGGCGAGGGAGGGAGGGAGGGGAAAGUGAACACGGGGACGAGGCGACCCACCCCGGGGAACUUCAUGAGCCGGGCUUCGACGCGUUUCUUCGGGGAGAAGACGAGGCUGGCCACGGAGCGAAGAUGAAGAAGCAGUUCAAUCGGAUGAAGCAGCUCGCGAAUCAAACAGUUGGCAGAGCGGAGAAAACAGAAGUCCUCAGUGAUGACCUCCUGCAGAUCGAACGGCGCAUGGAGUUGGUGCGGGUGGUGUCCCACAACACGCACAAGAGGAUGGUGUCCUGUCUACAGGGACACAUCGGUGCGGACGCAGAGAAGAGACAUUCCGUACCACGCCUCUAUACAGGAAAUGGUCAGAAAAAGCUUCCUCUAACGGCUCUGUCUCAAGCAAUGGUGGAAGGUGGAAACCAACUGGGAGAAGACUCCUUGAUAGGGAAGAUGAUGGAAGUGUGCGGCGAGGCAGAGAAUCGUCUGGCAUCAGAAUUGAUGCAACACGAGCUGCAGAUAGAGAAGGACGUUCUGGAUCCACUCAGCCAGCUAGCAGAGGUGGACAUCCCCAACAUCCUGAAGCAGAGGAAACAGCUGGCCAAGUUAGUGCUAGACUACGAUUCUGCCAGAGCAAGAUGGUUGCAGGCAACCAAGUCAAUAAUCUCAGGAACAAAUACACAUUCACUGACGGCCAAGGCUGACCUACUCAAGGAGGAGGUGGAUGAGGCCAUGAACAAAGUGGAGCUUUGCAAGGAUCAACUUGCUGCCGACAUGUACAGUUUUUUCUCAAAGGAAGGCGACUAUGCCCGUUACUUUGUAAUGCUCUUGGAAGCUCAAGCUGAUUACCACAGAAAGUCUCUCACUCUUCUGGAGAGCGUCUUGCCCACCAUCCAGGCUCAACAAGACUCGUGGACAGAGAAGCCUGCGUUUGGCACGGGGCUGGAUGAACACCUGAAGAGAUGUGGAAGGGAGAUCGCUCUGCCAUUAGAGGCCUGCGUCAUGAUGCUUCUGGAGACCGGCAUGAAGGAAGAGGGUCUAUUCAGAAUCGCAGCAGGAGCGUCAAAGCUGAAGAAGCUAAAGGCGGCACUGGACUGUUCCACUUCACAACUGGAGGAGUUCUACUCCGACCCCCACGCUGUUGCUGGAGCACUGAAGUCCUACCUGAGGGAGCUCCCAGAACCUUUGAUGAACUACCAGCUUUAUGAUGAAUGGAUCCAGGCAUCCAGUGUGACAGACCCAGACAAGAGGCUCCAGGCACUCUGGGUUGUAUGUGAUAAGCUACCAAAGAACAACAAAUCCAACCUGAGGUAUCUGGUGAAGUUUUUAGCCAAACUGGCUCAGGACAGCGAGACAAACAAAAUGACAGCGAGCAACCUCGCCAUUGUCCUGGGACCCAAUCUGCUCUGGGCCAAAACUGAGGGGAGUCUGGCUGAAAUGGCUGCAGCUACCUCUGUGCACGUGGUGACCAUCGUGGAGCCCAUUAUCCAGCAUGCAGACUGGUUCUUUCCUGAGGAGGUGGACUUCAACGUGUCCGGCAUGUUUGCAAUGCCCAUACCUGCAUCAAACCACAACAAUCACCUGGACUAUGACUGCAGCACCAUUGAGAGGAAGAGGCCUGGCAGUUCGAUGGGACCAGAGAACGACACAACACGCAAAGACAACACCCCUAACAAGCACUCGGACCACACCCUCCGUAGAGGCAGUCACACCUUAGGUAGAAAGCAGCACACAUCACCUGCCUUCCAGCCUCCUUUACCCCCUGUGGAGGCUCCAGGGCAGGGGCAAGGUGCUGGGCAGGUCCCCCAGCCCUCAGCCGAGCCCCAGCCACAAGCUCCUCCAGGGGGGGCUGGGCCUGACGCUGGCCAGCAUAGCUUGGCGCAGAGUUUGGCUGCUCUUGCAGCCGCUCAGCAGCUUCUAGCCCAGCACACAGAAGAGCUCAGCAACCCAAGGCUACGUGACUCCACAUCCGGCCCGACCCCUCUGCUCCAGAGGAACGGCUCUGGAGGAGGGGGCCAGGCUGUGGGACACAUGGGCACUGGGACCUCUGGGACCUCUGGGGCUGGAUCCAUGGGGCCCAGCCCUCACACGCUGCGCAGAGGUACCAAGAAACAGGCCCCUCCCCCUCCUAAACCGACAAACCCCCCUCCAAGCCAGCCCUGUAAUUCAGUAAACCACGCCUCCUUGUCAGGCUCCUCCCAGUCCCUCAGCCCUACCCCCAGACCUCUAUCCAGCCACUCCCCCGCCUCGCCCACCUCUCCGACCUCCCAGCCAUGUGCCACGCCCAGACGCCACUCCAGCAACCAGCCACCGAUCCAGGCGCCCAGCCAUCCGCCCCCGGAGCCACCGACACCGACCAGUCCCCUGAUGCCGCUCGCAUCACUGGGCCAGUCCGGCGGGGACCAGCAGAGCUCGGACCCCUCUCCUCCGGGCACCCCGACCCCUCCGGACACCCCUCCGCCCUCCACCGCCACCCAGGAUGCAGUUGCUCCUCCGUCCCCGUCGCCCUACCAGACGGGCUCCCUUCCCCGGCCGCGACCCGUCCCCAAGCCCCGGAACAGACCCAACGUCCCACCGCCGCCCCAACCCAGCCAACUGACCGGAGACACUAAUGGGAUCUGUGCCACUGCAUAUAAGAUGAUGGACCCGGCCAUGUCUUUCAAAGGGCUGAGUCGAGCGUUGGUCCCUGAGUUCGCUGUAGAGCAGCAGCCAGCGAUGAGCCCUUCAUCCUCCUCCUCCUCAUCCACCUCCUCCUCCUCAAUGCUGCCUCCUCCCAAUGACUGUGACCUGGACACUGAGAGCACCGUCCUAUAAGGAGGAGACAAUGACACACUCUGGUCCAGAAACACCCCUCACACACCUCCUCUCAUCAUACACACACCUCAGUUAGUCUCCUCCUGUUUCCUGCAGCCCUCCUCACACUGAGACCAUCCUCCGCUGCUGUCCAGCACCAAGACCGACUCUUAACGUGACAUAACGUACCUUCUUGCGGCCAUGAUGAACGUCACAGAGCUCUCAGUGAAUAAUGGCUGGGCUAGAUGAUUGUUUGUCUUCCUCCCAAUGUACACAAAUGAUUCACAUCAUUUGGAAUCACAGCAGGGAUCGUGGUGCAGAGCCGCUGUAUCCAGGCUCAGCUGACACGCUCGGCCAAUCCUGAGUCGCCCUCAGCUGUCAAUCAGGACGUUUCACCCCAUUUCUAUAGCAUUAAAUAACUAAUUAAACCCCCUGAACAAGAACCACCUGAAAUUAUUUAAAAAAUCGAUUGAUCUGACUUUAUUUUGCUCUAUGUCCCAUCCACUAAGCAGGCAGGGAUUAUGACCUAUACUUCAGCCAGCCACCAGGUGGCAAUCAAAACGAGUUUGUUCAACGGUGAUGAUUUUAGAUGGUUAAUGUCAUUUUGUGUUCAAUACACAACACUCUCUAACUAUCGCAACUUAAGCAGCACGUUGUUGUCGGUAUGUUUGAUUUACCUGCAAGUUAACUAGUGUAGCUAAAGCGUAGUAACAUCACUUACUGUUAAAACUACAUUAAUUGUCUUACAAAUACUAUGUAGUUGCUGAAAGUAAAUGAAUGGGCAGACAUUUUCAUAAUCGAUUAGGUUUUAAGCAAAAUGCCAAAAUGAAAUGGUCCCAGCUUUUUUUAAGUCUUUCAUGAUAAUUAACAUGAUCUUUAUCUCUAAGCACAUCACCAGAUUGUACAAUUCUCUUUGACUCAUCUUUGAAUUGAACUGACCUCGAAUCAGUUUCUCUGCUUCACCCGUUUCAAUCUCAAGCUGUCGGCCAUUAUUCACUCACUGAGUCGUUUUGACUACCAUGACGGUGCCACGUGUCUUUGUGAGGAGACGUGGGACACACACACACGCACACACAUACACAGAAACACACACCUCCAUCUUCAUACAGCGCUCCCUGCAGAAUGACCUCCAGACAAUCAAACGGCAGAGCACGAGGACAGAAGACUCACCAGUGACGCUGUCAGACAUUGAUACGUAGCAAUAUGAAGCACGGCCACUGACUGUGCACAGAAAGGAAUGGGUUGUGAGGUGAGGGGUUUGGGGGGGGGGGGGGGCGGACGCUGUGAAACCCACAAUAUGGACUGACGAGACCCCUGUUUGGAAUUUUGGUGUGAGGUGUUGUUUUGCAUUUUGUACUGUUGAAAAAAUGGCCUUAGAAAAAGAUGAAGAAUAAGAUGGGGGGGGUAUAUCUACAGCAUGGGGUGGAGGGGUGGUCGGGGGAACAGCAGGUGAAGUAGAAACCAAAACUGUUGCGUAACAUGUAGCUGGUGACUGCAGGUUUCCAGUCGUCGAUUUCCCCUCCUUUGUUCUUUGUAAGGAAACCCUCCCUCCCCGGAAUCCUCGGUCACUCAUGUAUUUAUUUACCAAGUUCUGAAAACACACACAUUCCCUGUGGCUAGACUUAAUUAAUUCAGUCUUUAAAGUGUAAAUCAUGCCUUAUGGGUUCCUCGCAGAAGCCCCUAAUAAGCAUUAUAUGAUAUUAUCUAUUUACUGUACGGAGGAUGUACUUGGCUCCCAGUACUUACAGUAUUUUCCAAGAAGCUGUCUUGGCAACAGUUGUGUUUCAGGGAUGUGAGGACGGUGACUCAGCAGCAGCAGUCGUCUGUGUAUGUGUGUGUGUGUGUGUUUGAGAGAGUGUGUGUGUGGGUGGUUCUGUGUCGUUCCUCGGGAGAUGUGUAUUUAAAUGUGUUGACUUGUUUGGGUUGUUUUCUUUUUACGAAGCAGAAGUAGCAGCGUGAAGCCUGAACACAAUCAGUAUUUCAGCCUUCCAUCCGUCUCUUUGUUUCCUCUGGUUGUUUGCCGGGACGUUACACACAACAGACUGAGUGUGUGUGUGUGUGUGUGUGUGUGUGAGUGUUUGAGUGAGUGAAAGGAGAGCUUUGAAACCAGCCUCUUGAUCCUGAACAGAAAGACACGUCAUAAAAACAGCUAUUGCACUUGAGCGCAGGCCAAUGAGUGGUUUCCUGGUUAAGAGGUAUUUUUUUUUCUUAUUUCCAGUCUCUCCCACUGAGCUGAGGGCACACGCCGCUGUGAUCCCUCAGUAGUGACGUGGCGUCAGAUUGAUGUGUUUUAUUUUUUAGCCAGGUCAAACGAUGAAGAAAAAUGGCUUUAUUGUAUUUUCUGUGUAAGCUUUUGGAUUUUUCUUUUCUUUUCUGGCCUCAAACGUAAUGCAGAGUCCCGUUCCCAGAGAACCGACUCGACAUGGUACCUAUGGAGAGAGACUCGGAUGCUGCGGUUGGAUGGCCCCUCCCCCUGCUGCACCUUGCUGCCUUAUCCCUGCGCAUCAAGCUCGAAGCUUCUUUAACGACAGAAAGCUGCAUUGACACUAGAGACUGAUGAUGAUGCUGCGUUUUUCAGCUCCAUAGUUUUGUACGUUGGCUGUUUGGUCGGCUUAAAUGUGGAAUAGAAACAUGUAAUAGGAAUGCUUGGUUAUACCCCCUUUCCAAAGAAAUAAAGUAUAUGAAGAAACUA